CAGACGGCACGGACACCACAGGAUCGGCUGCAGACCCCCAUUCUCAGGGGCCCUGACCUCCAGGAUUUCUCCUCUGACCUGGCUCUUACAGCCUGAGGCCUCCUUCUCUCAGGACAGAGGAAAGCGGAGACCAUGUCAGACGUGGAGGAGACGGUGGACGAGUACGAGGAGGAGCAGGAAGAAGGAACUGCGGAAGAAGAGGAAGCCUGGAGACAGGAUGGAGACGAGCAGGAGGAGGCAGUGGAAGAAGAGGCUGGAGGCGAGGCUGAGGCUGAGGAGGCCAACGCCGAAGAAGCUGGGCAGGAAGAGGAUGGGAGAGAGGCUGAAGAUGGCCCGAUGGAGGAGUCCAAACCCAAGCCCAGGCUGUUUAUGCCCAACCUGGUGCCACCCAAGAUCCCCGAUGGAGAGAGAGUGGACUUCGACGACAUCCACCGGAAGCGCAUGGAGAAGGACCUGAACGAGCUGCAGACACUGAUUGAGGCGCAUUUCGAGAACCGCAAGAAGGAGGAGGAGGAGCUGGUCUCUCUCAAAGACAGGAUCGAGAAGCGCCGGGCGGAGCGGGCAGAGCAGCAGCGCAUCCGGACAGAGCGGGAGAAGGAGCGGCAGACCCGCCUGGCUGAGGAGAGGGCCCGCCGGGAGGAGGAGGAGAACCGGAGGAAGGCUGAGGACGAGGCCCGGAAGAAGAAGGCUCUGUCCAACAUGAUGCAUUUUGGAGGCUACAUCCAGAAGGCUCAGACGGAGCGUAAGAGUGGGAAGAGGCAGACGGAGCGGGAGAAGAAGAAGAAGAUUCUGGCGGAGAGGAGGAAGGUGCUGGCCAUCGACCACCUGAACGAAGACCAGCUCAGGGAGAAGGCCAAGGAGCUGUGGCAAAGCAUCUACAACCUGGAGGCGGAGAAGUUUGACCUGCAGGAGAAGUUCAAGCAGCAGAAAUACGAGAUCAACGUUCUCCGAAACAGGAUCAAUGAUAACCAGAAAGUCUCCAAGACCCGCGGAAAGGCCAAAGUCACUGGACGUUGGAAGUAGAGGCGGCCUCCGCGGAGGCUGAGCCUCCUCCUGCAGGGUCCUGCCCUGCACCCCCCAGCCCCUGCUCCCUCCUGGGGUCCUCUGGCCACCAAAGGCUUACUGCCUCUGCAGACCAGGAGCUGGCCCAGCUGGAAACUGCCUUCAUGCCUGACCCCACGCGCCCGCCCCAACCAGCAAUAAAGGACACCACGCACACAC